AUGGAUGUCCACUCCAUCGACAGAGAGGAGAACCGGAGGCGCAUGAGGAACGGCGAGCUCUACUGGGCCUUCACCCCAGACCUCAUUGCGGACCGGAAACGGUGCAAGACGGCAUGCGACAAGCUUAACCGCGCCGGCGACGUGAGCCGCCGCACACUCAUCGGUCUGUGGAAGGACAUCAACGGGGACACCAUCCCUCUUCCUCCGCCGCGUGCCCGCCGAGACGAAGACGACGCCCUCCUUGAGAGCUACCCGUGGAUUGACGCCCCCAUAAAGAUGGACUAUGGCUACAACGUAAAGCUCGGCGACAACGUUUAUAUCAACUCCAACAGCACGUGGGUAGACACCUGCCUCAUCACGGUGGGCUCACGCACCAUCAUCGGGCCCAACUGCUCCUUCUACAGCGGCGAGCACCCGCUGGACCCCACCCUGCGUAAUGGCACCCGUGGCCCGGAGACCGGGAAGCCCAUCACCAUCGGCGAGGACUGCUGGUUCGGCGGCAACGUCAUCGUUCUGCCCGGCGUCACCAUUGGGCGCGGCGUGACCGUUGGCGCGGGGAGCGUCGUGACCAAGGACGUGCCGGACUAUGUGUGCGUCGUCGGCAACCCGGCGCGGAUAAUCAAAAAGAUCGUGCCGUCGCAGCCGUCGGUUGCCGGGUUCACGCCGCCGUUGUCGACCAACAUCAAUUAUAGCUCUACUAUGUAA